ACCUUUAACCCGACCUUUGCACUGCGGCAGAUUAUCGAAAUGGCGAGUGUUUUUCAGGGUCUUUGGCGUCUACCGCUGUCGUUGGGAAGCCGCAGAGCUCCGCAGGUCGUUGUAUUGAGAGGGUUAAGUGGUGCUACCUCAGAUUCAGAUCUCUGUCUCUGUUGGCAUGCAGUGAGUGGAACACCAGUCUGUGAUUCCAACAUCACCAUUCACCCGGAAUAGAGCAAUUACAAAACAAUUAAUUAUGGACUUCUAUACACAUGACUGACGUACAAUUAUGCACACAAAAUGGGGACGUGUAUUCGUGCUCUUAUGGAUAAAUAUAAUAAUAAUAUAGACCUCGGGGCAGUAUGAAGUGCAUACUGUAUACUUGGUUAUAGACUAUUAUCUUAGAAAUGCUAUUGUAUCAAGUGAUUUCUCGCAGAUGUUGUGUCAGAGUUUCUGCUGCACUCCUUGUUCUCCUUGUCCCCGUCUUUCUUCUUCUUGUUUUCCUUCUUGUUGAUCGAGAAGUGCCAGUUGUUCUUGUGCUUCUUCUGGUACUCAUUGUGAUAUCAUUUGUGUCACAAGAGCAGAAAACACCUCCCCAACUACUAGUUGAACUAGUUCUUGUGGUAGUUCUCGAAACUGUUCUCCUCCUAGGUGUGUUUGUGAGGUUAUCCAUGACUGUGUUUGUGGUAGUCCUUCUGGGUGUGGUGGGAGGAGGUUGGGGUGGUGACAUAGGACGGGGCAUGUCUGGUGGAGGAGGUAGGCGUGGCGACAUUGAUCGGGGUGUGUUUGGUGGAGGAGGAGGUAGUGGGCGUGGUGACAUUGAACGGGGUGUGCCGGUUCUCGGGCGUGUGGCAGGUCUGGGUGUGUCCAGGUCGCCAAAAGUGCUCCCCUCACCCAAUGCUGAAAGGCCUCCGCUGGAAGAUAUCUGGAGAGUAUCAACCAUUUGUGUCUCUGUCAUUCUACUACGAGGGCCAGUGGUCAUUCUACGGCGAGAGCCGGUUGUCAUUCUGCUGCGAGUGCCAGUUGUCCUGGGGCGAGUUGUUUCUCCCUCAUCGCACACACAGACUGAACAGUGGCAGGUAUCGCGGUCAAAAACUGCAGGAAAGUUGCAUGUCACUAAUCCCAGAAAAUAUAGGAUGCACUCGCAUUCACAGGUGUCCAGUCGUAGGAACUGCUUGUCAGAGCAGCAAUCCAGGUUGCCUAUGUCACACACGCAUUGACAAGUUCGUCGGUUCUGAGUUAAGCCAUCAGGACAAUCUCUCUCUUGGCAGACACAUGUGCAGGUGUCGAGGUCGUGAACACGACCAGGACCACAGUCUAUGGGGACGCACUCACACUCACAGGUAUCAGGAUUCUGCGUUUCGCCUCCCCGGCAGUCCUCGGGUAUGCAUUCGCAUUCGCAGGAGUCUGGGUUCUGUCUCUGCCCUGGUCUGCACAGUCUCGGUAUACACAUGCACUCGCAAGUGUCCAGCAUUAGAAACUGCAUCGAGGAACACCUGUUUGAGCCGGCUGGGUCGCACACACACCGACAAGUCGUU